GUGCUGGAUGUGCUUUGCUCGCUCUGUGUGGGUAAUGGAGUAGCAGUGAGAACCAACCAAAAUCUGAUCUGUGAUAACUUGUUACCUGGCUGUGACUUACUUCUACAAACCAAGCUCAUCAACCAUGUCAGCAGUAUGAAGCCCAAUGUGUAUGUUGGUAUCCUGAACGGCUCGUCCAUGUACAAGCGGUGGUACUUUGAGGUGAUGCUGGACCACCUGGAGGUUGUGUCACACCUUCCGCCUGUCCUCAGGGUGGGCUGGGCAAACACUUAUGGUUUUGUGCCCCACCCAGGGGGUGGUGAGAAAUGGGGAGCCAAUGGGGCAGGAGACAACCUGUAUUCUUAUGCUUUUGAUGGACAAAGUCUUUGGACAGGUGGUCGCCCAAAGCAGGUGAAGGGAGAAAGUCAAACAUUCAAACAAGGUGAUGUGGUCGGCUGCAGCCUUGACCUUGCUGUGCCUCAGAUCACUUUCUCCGUCAAUGGGAUUAGGGUGCCAGGCAUUUUCAAAGACUUCAACAUUAAUGGUCUCUUUUUUCCUGUCAUAUCCAUGUCUGCCAGCACAAGUUGUCGGUUCUUACUGGGUGGUGAGCAUGGACGCCUGAAGUAUGGUCCCCCCGACAACCACUCUCCAGUGGUGGAGUGUCUCCUCCCCAAAGAAAAGGUCAAGGUUGAGCCAUGCUUCAUGUUUGGAGAUGUCAGUCGCAACAUCAUCUGUGGUCCAACAGAGAUAUGUGAAUACACACCAUUUGUGCCAAACCCUGUGGAUACUGCCAAU